CUUUGAGACUAUUAGGUACAACAUCUCAACAACAUUAAAAAUGACAGGGAACAAACAACAAAUGUAGAUGUUUAUAUAACAACAAAUAUAUUUGUUUUAUAAACAACAAAUAUAGUUUUUUUCUGGGUCGACUAACAAAGCAGUCUACUGGUGCUUGUCACGGAUAUCUGAGAUGUGAAAUCUUAACAGGAAUAAACAGGAAGCCGUAGAGGUAAUGGUGGCCUACAACAAGCGACAUGAGAGCAACAUGUUGAACAUCAACUGGACCAUACAGCUAGCCAAUAAGUGAGUUUCUCUUUGUCGCAUGAAUCUAAAUACUUUGAUGUUUUUGUCAGAUCACUUCAGGUUUCGUGCUGCAGCUGUUUUCCAGUUUUACUUUCUUUGCGGAUGAACACCAUCCAUUUGUUAAAUAGAUGAUGUUCUUCCAAACUUCMUUGUGUCAUGAGUUAUUGAUCUUGCCAAAGAUUUUCAUGGAAAAUGUUAAGAUUUUCGUGCUAUACUUAAAUAUGUCCCUUCUUUUUGUAAAACAUGCACAAUCAGGCAAAUCUGAAUAGAGUUGUGUGGUAGUAAAGUAAAUGACAAGACAAUAAGAUCUGUUGAAAACUUGCUUCUUGGUGCAAAUGAUUAUGAAACAAAACACAGAUGAGACAUACAUGUCAAUACUACAUGCAAAUURCUGGGCAUUUUUCAGGUCUUAAAUGGCCAUUAUCUGAAAUAGGUCCAGCAGGCUGUAAACUUGACCAGCAGGCCAGUAGAUGAAGCUAAAAACACUCUGACAACCUGACUCUGAUUAACCUGAUGAGAUUAAAGUCUUAGACAUAAAUGCCCUGGUGUGUGUGCGUGCAUGUGUGUGUGUGUAUGUCCGUACGUACCUGGAUGCUAAUGCACUUACUGUGACCAUCUGUGCAACCAGCACCCACCUGCACAAUCUGACUUAUCUUCUGCACUUCUUUGUAAACACAUCUAGUCGUCUUUACAGUACAGUUUGCAACUGGACUUUGAGAGGAAACCAUAAAACGGAUACAAGAGACUUUCUGUAAGACUGGAAUCAAAAAUUGAUACUGGAUAAAAUMUUUUUCUUCAUUGCAGAGAGYUUCCUUCCUUCUCCUGCGUAACACUUUUGCUUUUGAACAUGGGCUGUUCACCAUCAAAAGGAAAGUUAUUUUCAAAACCACAUCAAUUUGAUGUUCAGAAUGCCCUGGUCACUGAAGAAUUACAGGAGGUUGUGGAUGGUGGACCUGCACUGGAUGAAGACACCUGYUUACAACCUCAAAACAAGGAAGAGGAACUGCCACUACUUACUGAUGAAUACUGCACAAAAGAAACUUCAGUGACUCAUCUGGACCCUGAUCCAAUACUUCCUGAAAAUGAAAUGGAUUCUGAGGUAACAAAGGUAAAGGAAAUGCCUCAGGAAAUAAUUAGAAAUGUCAUGGAAAWGCCUAUGAAUCAGAAGGUGGAGACCCGAAAGAAAAACAUAAGGAAGAGAUCCACAGAAAGGCAGAGAAAGUCUUCUGUAGUGCAAACAAAGGCAGGUUUGCCACCACAUAUGGUGAGAGCUCACCAGGCUGCUUACAAUUUCCUGAACCAAAAUAUCUCCAAAUAUGAAAUUCUUCUGGGGCUUCUAGACCAGGCUACCCAGACACAGCUGUCCCUCCAAACACCAAUGUCUGCUUUGGCGUUGUACUUUGAGGAAAUCAACCAGGCGCUAGAGGAGAUGGCUGAAGAGGGGGAGCUGAUGCUCAAGGAGCAUGGGGACAGCAUGACUUUACCUUCUGGGAUGUUUGGUCAAGCUGUAUGCUCGGCUAAACCUAUGGAUAAUUUUGAUCCAUCACCAGAUCUUUUACAUCAACUACUUCCAGAUUCAUCAGAAAAAAUCAGGCAAGUUAAAAGCUCAGUGAAGACUCGGAGUGAUACUACACUUGAGGAGGGAAUAGAGUAUUUCUCUUCCCUCUCUAAACUGUAUACUGAGAAGCUUCAGGCUAAACAGGCUGCAGAGUUUAGGUUGGCUCAAGUACUUKCAAGGGUUGAGACAGUGGCUAAUAGGAAGUCUAACCCAGAAGAUUCUGCACUGCACAGUGAGGACAGUGGUAUUGGUGGAGAGAGUGAGAGUUUGACAGGAUCUGAAAGGAACCAUUGCCACCGUGGGAGCGCUGGAUCAGGAAGUUGUAUGUCUGAAGUCAACAUUCGGGGUAUAUGUCAAAAUUAUUCAGCUGGUUUUAUUAGUAAUACUAGAAAUAGCGAAGAGGAGGAGGAAGAGGAUGAAGAGCGGCGUGCAGAAAAAUAUCAAGAAGAUGAUGAAAUUGACCAGUUUGAGAGGAAGAGGUCAAACUCUUCUCCACCUGAUCCCUGUCACGCUCUUCGUUACAUGUAUGAAAACUCCAUGAAAGAUCAGCAGCCUGCCUUCAAACUUUUCAAUGCUGAACACUCUCUAAUAACAGAGCAACAAAAGAGUCAGAUGGAAUUAGAUGAAAAAAUGUAUAUAAUUUCUGAAAUGCAAGGACUAAAUGACUUUGUAAAGCUGCAGUGCAAUUUGCAUCAAGCUGGACAUCGGCGAUAUUCGUUGGAUGGAUCAGCUGGUGAACACAAAAGCCAAGACAGAGCCAAUCGGCUACCUGGUUCUUUAUCUUCACCAUCAAAUAAACCACGAACGUGCUAUUCAGUCAGAAGGCUCAUAAAUACAUUUAGCCAAGGGGCUGAUGGGAGACCUGGACAGAGUCUUUUACAUACKGCACCUCACAUYAUGAGGCCCAAUAAAAGUUGUAUUCUUSUAGAGUCUAGAACAGUUAAUAAGACAGGAGGUGACAUCGUCUCUGGCAACAACAGCAGCAGCUCUCCAGAUGGCAGGGAUGACCUAGAUAUGGAUAAUCUACCACCGCCACCCCUGGAAGUUCUAAUGGACAAUUCCUUUCGACGCAAUGAAGACCAACUACGAAAUGAAAAACUACAYGAAGAUCCGGUUCUGACUCUUCCGUUAAUACACCAGACCACUGGGAUGUCCCAGCGAAGGAAGAUAGUUAUGCAGAAUGUAGAAGUUCUGCCGAACAAAGCAAAUGUAAAAAUUAGAUCAAUGGCUGCAUCACCCGCCCCUCCUGUUAGGCAUGAGGGUGUUGCUGAGGUGCAACAUCAAAAGUUGAAACUGGAAACAGAUCUGUCUGAACAAACUGAGAAAACGAAAAGAAUCUACAAACAAGCAAGAAAGAUUAUCCAUUUGCGCAAUGCAGGAGAAUCCACCGACAUGAAAAAUGUUCAGAUUCCAGUCUCAGGAGAUUUAACAUCCUUCCAAGCUACAAGAUGUGAAGGCAAUGAGAUACCGUCCUGCAGUCUGCCCGUCAUAGCACCACCUGUUUCACGAGUACGCUUACCACCAUCAUGUCCUUCUGUGCACCACAYCGUUCCACAUCCCCCUGUCUUCAGACAGCAUCCCAACUCUGGAUCCUCUUCUCGUCCAAAUUCUCCAAGAAAAGUUACACGUGCAAAUGAYAMCAGCACAGAACAGAUCAUUCCUCAUAUGUCCUUUCAUGAUGCCCGCUCAGUCUUCUGUCAAAACGAGUUGAAAAAUUCCCAGGCCUGCCUGCCCUUUGGAAGUUCUGUUCUCCCCAGAAAAUGGGGGGAAGUCUCUCGAGGCAGGUCGUCCACAAGAGGAAGAGAGAAUUCAACCCGUCGCACACAGUCAGAGCAGAGGUCUGGAAUGACUUCCUAUUCAGACCUGGAAGCAGAUGCCCCUUUGGUGUCCCAGCAAAGCAAGGAGGAUGAACCUGUUGCAGAAAAAUUCAGUCUAGACAACUCUCUGAAGACAGAAGAAAAGUYCCAGGUGGAUCCAGCUGCUGGAAACUGAUUUUGGUUAGGUUUGAACAAAUCCUCAGAGGAAGAUGGACAAUAUUUAUUAUAAACACCUGAAAUGUUUCUGUUGUUUGUUUUAAUUGUGAAUUAUUUUCUUGCAGCCCUGAUCUUAGAUCAGAGAGCAUAUCUUAUAAUUCAAGUAAGUUUUUAUGUCCUCAUAUUUUUAAAGAACUUUACAUUAUAAUUAAUUUUAGUUUGCAUACAUACUUAAGCAUUUUGCUAAAUGCAACAUCAAUUCUAAAAUUUUAAAUAUGUUCCUAGUGUAUAGUUAAAAACUGAGGAGGCCUAAAACAUUGUAAAUUAUUAUCCAUGUUUCUUGUUUUUAACUUGUCGUUUUUUCUGAUUUUGUGAAGCACUUUGGUUGAAAUAUUGAUUGUGUAAAUCACUCUAGAAAUAAAUAAUUUAUUGAUACAAGUUUGUUAAAAGAUUGUAGAUGGUAAUAUGGUUAUGGGCAGGAAGGGUCUCCUGUGGUGGUCUGUCAGCAUUUCUGAGAGUCUCUGACUGAAGAUGUUCUGUGUUUGUAUUUUUUGCACUGAACAGCCUAAUCUUCAUCAACAAAUAUGUUCUAGUCCAUUUUUCUAUAUAACUUCACUGUUGCGUCUCCAGGUCAGUCGGUUGUCCAGCUGAAGAUCAAGAUAUCUAAUCUCAUCCGACACCUUCAGCUCUCCUGACAUGGAAAUGCUGUUUGACAAUUUCUUGUUUCUGUUGGAAUUUACAAUCAUCUUUUAUCUGUUCAAAUUUGAUGUACUGUCCAUGGAUAUGAUAAAAACUAUAUCAGAGAUAAUGUGUUAAUAUUAAUAAAUGAUCUAAUUACUUGCA